GGGAGGGGGAGUGUCCUUUGCCCUUCCUGGGUUGGCCCUCCUUUCUGCCCUGCACUUCGCGUCCUUCCUCCUCCCUUUCGCCCCUCCGCCCAGUUUCCCCCCACCCUAGCCGGCUGCAACUCUGGGGUACUGUUUCCGGGUCAGGUUGACCUCUGGGGUGAGGGAAUCGCGACCCGAAGCGGCCGCUGGCGCGCAGCCCUCACCAUGCCACGCUCACGCGUGGGGGACUGGCCUGCGGUGCGCCGGCCCAGAAACCCCGGAGCCCCUAAAUCUGCCCUCCACAGGGAAAUUUUCCCGUUCUUCCUGCCCUUCCUCUACAGGCCUUGCUCCUUCCCUGGCAGAUUUUUUCAAAACCCUACUCCCAGCCUUCUGGGCACCCACUAGGAGCAAUUAAGAGCGUUUCACAAAAGGCGGUGCGCAUGGCGUCGGAUUGUGUAACCUGAAAACGCUCCUGUCACUUUUCUCAUCUGUACAGUGGGCAUGAUUUUUUUUUUUUUUCAUCAGACAAUUUCAGGUUUUUGAUUCCCACCAUGGCUAUCACACAGUUUCGGUUAUUUAAAGUUUGUACCUGCCUAGCAACAGUAUUCUCAUUCCUAAAAAGAUUAAUAUGCAGAUCUGGCAGAGGACGAAAGUUAAGUGGAGACCAAAUAACUUUGCCAACUACAGUUGAUUAUUCAUCAGUUCCUAAGCAGACAGAUGUUGAAGAGUGGACUUCCUGGGAUGAAGAUGCACCCACAAGUGUAAAGAUUGAAGGAGGGAAUGGGAAUGUGGCAACGCAACAAAAUGCUUUAGAACAACUUGAACCUGACUAUUUUAAAGACAUGACACCAACUAUAAGGAAAACCCAGAAAAUCAUUAUUAAGAAGAGAGAACCAUUAAAUUUUGGCAUCCCAGAUGGUAGCACAGGUUUCUCUAGUAGGCUAGCAGCUACACAAGAUAUGCCUUUUAUUCAUCAGUCUCCUGAAUUAGGUGAUUUGGAUACCUGGCAGGAAAAUACCAAUGCAUGGGAAGAAGAAGAAGAUGCAGCCUGGCAAGCUGAAGAAGUUCUGAGGCAGCAGAAGAUAGCAGACAGGGAAAAGAGAGCAGCAGAACAACAAAGGAAGAAAAUGGAAAAGGAAGCGCAGCGGCUAAUGAAGAAGGAACAAAACAAAAUUGGUGUGAAACUUUCAUAACAAAUGUUCUUCAGUUGUCAUAGUGCCAGUGGGAGAAAUAGGAGCUCCACAACCCAAGCAACAUUUGUGUGGAUCUUAUAAGAGUAUUUUCAGAAUACAAAUACACUGCUUGAUUUUAACACAUUCAUCAGGCCAUCCAGGAUUCUCUCACAGUCCCUUGAACUCUUAGGGAAUGAGAUUCGAGAACAAAAGAGACUCAUGAGACAAUAUUUUCUUCAACAUGCUCCAGCUAUAAGACAAUUGUUUGCUUAAGAGAAAUUAUUACAAAUGGAAUAUAUCAGUACCUCUUUAAGCUAGUACUACUAGCUUAAUAAAUGGGUGUAAAUAAUUUUAUGGUGGGAAAGAACUCUGCUAUCUGUAAUGCUUUCCUUCAUUAUGCAUAAUGAUAAAUAAUUUUAAAUAUUCUUUUGUUGCCAUGAUUACCUGAACUGAAUCAGACAAACUUGCAGGGCUUGAACCUUUUAUUUUUGUUGUCAGAAGCUGACAUUGGCAUAUAUUUCCUCUAAUUUGAAUUGGUAUUGUUCAUCUUUGAUAUGAUGUUAAGAAAUUUGGUAAUUUUGGUUUUCAAGAAAAUGAUAUUAAAUGCAAUAAUUUUAUUUAUCAUAAA